AUGGCGCUCCAGGAUAAGGUGGCGAUUGUGACAGGCGCCACGGGCAUUGUGGGCGAGGGGAUUGCGCGUGCCUUUCUCGACGCGGGCGCCACGCUCAUCUGCCCCAUCCGCAGGCGAGCUGCGGCCGCCAGCCUGUGGGGAAGUAUCCCUGACCAGCUGUUGGUGCGCCCGCUGGCCUGCAGCGCGGGCAAGGAGGCAGGCCUGCGUGCGGCGCUGGGCUCGCCAGACACAGCCAGGCUGGACACGCCUGUGGACGACUACAGCAGCGCAGAGGGAUCCAAGCAGCUGGCGCGCUACGUGCAGGUCAAGCACAGGGCAGUGGACCAUGUGGUAGCUUGUACCGGCGGUAUGGUCCCCAUGGGAGCUCUGACCACGGUCACGGCGGCAGGCUUCAGCCAGGCGAUGCACGACCGGGUGCUGGGGCAGAUCCUGCUGGCGCAGGCGCUGGUGCCGCUGCUCAGGGACGAGGCGGGCAGCAGCUACACAGUCAUCACGGGCCGACUGGGCGAGAUGUGCAGCAUGCCGGAGGGUGCGCUGUUCGCCGUCUCCAACGCCGCCGUCUAUGGCGCCGUGCUGGCGCUGCAGGCGGAGCUGCGCUCCCGGCCGCAGCGCAUCAACGAGCUGCGCAUCGGCGCGGUGGUUCGUCGGGACAGCGAGGAGGAGAACCCUCACUUCCCAGGCGUGAAGGCGCACCCCGCAAGCCUGGUGGGCGCUGAGGCCCUGAAGAUUGCCGCGGGCAGCCACAGCGACGAGGUGGUGCGCCUGUACCUGGACUGA